AUGGGAGGACCGGACGGACGGGCAACACCUUGCAUUGAGCUAAAGACUGAUACCCGCAGCGUGUCAGCACAUUCUUGUUGUGAGACUUCUGAGGAGAGGACGUGUGUGUAUUUCAUGCAAACUGUUGGAUAUACCUGUGCAGAAAUCGGAGUACAUUUAAUCAUGACACUUACAGAAUGCGACGAUAACAGCAAAAUGCAGCAGAAACCACAGAAUCAGCUAACGGUAGGCCACGCCCUCCGAGACACAAUCUGGCAGGGCUUAGAGCAAGGGAGAUUGACUUGCGGAAUGUUCGAGUGCGCAAAGCAUUUAGAAAUUAACCCUCACAACAUCAUGUUGUGUGUCCUGCCUGAAGAUAUGGUAGGGGAUGUGUCCGUACAUAUUCAUCACACUCUCAUCGAGGCUUUCUGUAUGGAAAACAACAUCAGACUUGUCAGGGUUGACAGCGAAGACAAACUGGCGUCAGUUGUCAAGUGUCGCCCAGGGCAGCAGAUGAACGACAACGAUGUUGCUGCUGGAAGGGUUACGUACAGCGACGCAGGCUGCGUCAUCGUGGACUACCCAGAGGAAGACGACCUCAGUCCUGCUGAAGUGACCGUGACCACAUUCUGCAAGUCUGUGGCCGGGAAGGGUUAUGGACCUGCGUCCGUUGUGACAAUACCCGCAUGAACAUGAGGGACAUAAUAUGGACAAUCUAAGGGAAAACCACAUCCCGAAAAAUAUCCACAAAAAAUGAAGAGAUCUUCAUGCCGGUGAGACAUCUCAGAUCUGCAACUGCCAAGUUGGAUCUAUGUCUCAAACCGUAGAUGGGUUGAAGUCAUCUUCAUUGAUACAUAUCCAUUGUCUCAUCAAAACCCAUUGGUCAUGUAAACGCCAUGAUUCAGGACGAGAGACACGGAUUGACCAGAAGCACUGGUUAUCCCGCCAUCAUCAAGGUUCAUCAUCACGUCAUCAACCAACACAAACGAACCACGUGAGAUGAACUGUGAAUGAACAUCGAAAUUCGUUUGGAUAUCACCUGAACAGUGUUUAAAACAACAUUUCAUGCCAUUCAUCUAUGCAAAAAAAUAUAAAAGGAAAAAAUGUGUGUAUAUAACAUUUGACAAAAAGUGACAAUGCUUCGUCUGGGAAUGACGAACAGUCUAGUGCAUCAAGGCAUUGGAACAUGUGACUUUCUUCUAGGGUUACCUGCCCUUGAACGACACGUUGAGGAACGAGGGGAAGCUGUGAAUGAGCUCAGAGAAGCUCGAACCUGCCGACCAGCUAACGGCUAUAUAAAAUAACGGGACUUUGUGUAUGCAUUGCCCUGCAUUACGCAAUAGACAAUUGUAUGUCAGUUCAUUAUAGAUCACUGGAGAGUUACGUUUACGUUAAAUAUAGUAGCUACUUUCUCUGACAUUUGUAAAGCUAAAUUAAUAAGUUAUUGUUUGCAUUUUGCAUUAGGUUACUUAUAAUGUUUUAGAUAUUUUGUUUAGAUUUAGAAAUAAAAAGUGAAAAGUA